UAUAUCUUAAAUUAUCAUUUUGUAAUUGACUAUUUAAUCAUGCUUGUAUACGUUGUGUUUUCCCAAUUCGUCCUUUGUGGCUUUCAAUGAUAUGUCCUAAUGCUACUUCUUUGGCUAAAUUAAUGAGCACACUGUUGGAAAAUGGGAAGGACAUGAUACAUGUUAGAUUAAUGUCCAUUCUGCACAUUACCACUUGGCGCUUGAGUAUGAUAACUAAUCAUUAUUAUAUUAUAUUAUUAUUAUAUUAGAUGCAAAGACACCGAGUUGUCCCUCUAACACUUGGUAUCAAAAGCCAAUGCAAAUUAUAAUACGUGCUUGCUUUUUUAACCAUUAAAAGAGGAUAUGAAUGACAAAGGAUAAAAGCAGUCUGCUUUUUGUCAUCUUAUAAGAAGAAAAAGCUCCUCUUCUUUAAGAAAUGGCUCCUAUUCAAUCAAAAUGACGUAAUCCUUUAGGAAGGUGUGUCACGGGUUAUAUUAGAUAGAUGAACGGGAUAAGAUGAUUAGCGAUAGAGAGAAAAAGACUAAUUUUACAAAAAGUAUAUAAUAUUUUUUGCAUGAAAUAUGUAAUUGAGUUUGUUUUAGAAAAAUGAAGAUUAAUUAAAUAUAGUGUGUUGUGGAAAAGCAGGUAGACAGUGCAAACAGGAAGGGGAUAUUACUGGAGAUGGUCCAAGUGCUGACAGAUCUUGAUCUCAUCAUUUCCAAAUCAUACAUUUCCUCCGAUGGUGGAUGGUUUAUGGACGUGUUCCACGUGACUGAUGAAGCUGGCAAGAAGCUCACAGACGAAACGCUCAUGCUCCACAUCCAGCAGGAACUGUGCGUGACAAGAAGCAACGGAAAGAUUUCAAGGGAUAGAGAAGGGGGUAAUGAGAAAGGAGGAGAGGAAGAGGUGGUGGGAAGGGAGAUAACAGCGAUGGAGAUGAGUGGGGUGGAUCGAGCUGGCCUACUAUCAGAGCUAGCAGGAGUGUUGGUUGAGCAGGACUUUGUCGUUACCGCAGCAACUGCAUGGACCCACAACGACAGGGUGGCGUGUAUAAUAUUGGUGGAAGAUGCGAUCAAAGCAGGGCCCAUAAGCGACCCAAAAAGGUUGGGCUUAAUGGAGGAGCAGCUGGAAAAUGUGGUGGCGGCCCAUAGGGGAGAGAGGAAGAGGGUGAGGAUGACGAGGUUGGGGGCGGGGAACACCCACAGGGAGAGGAGGCUCCACCAGCUGAUGUACGCGGACAGGGAUUACGAGAGUUGCCGCGCGUGUGAGGGAGACAGUAGCGGGGAACACAAGAAGGGCUGUGAUGGGACCCACGUGUCUGUCGGGAAAUGCGAGGACAAAGGGUACUUGGUGGUUAACGUGAGGAGCAGGGACCGUCCAAAGCUCUUGUUCGACACCGUGUGCGUGUUAACGGACAUGCAGUAUGUGGUGUUCCACGCCGCCAUCAGUUCCAAGAGAUCUAUUGCUCAUCAGGAGUAUUACAUAAGGCAGAUGGGUAGUUCAGUUAUUCCCAGCGAAAGCGAGAAACAAAAACUAACCUUAUGCUUAAUCGCUGCAGUGGAGCGCAGACUGUCGCAUGGAUUGAGAGUGGAUAUUGUAAGUGAAAAUAGAGUGGGGCUACUGUCGAAUGUGACGCGGGUGUUACGUGAAAAUGGGUUAUCCAUAUCGAGGGUUGAGAUCGGAACGAAGGGAGGAAAAGCGGUAGGAUCAUUCUUUGUGACAGAUUGUUCAGGUGAAGAAGUGAACCCAAAUAUCGUGGAAUUGGUGAGACAAGAGACCGGUGGAUCCGUCGUUACUGAUCAUAAGUCGCCCCAUAGGCCUCAUAAAUCAUCGUCCUCCUCCUCGGUUAUACACCAAACCAACGACACAGAGGAAGCCAAGCAAAAAUUCUCACUUGGAAGCUUGCUAUGGUCUCGAUUAGAACGCCUUUCCGGCGGUUUUGGCCCCAUUAGAUCCUGACAACCUUAUUCCCCCUCAAUUAUUUCCUUUACUUCAACCAACGAUCGCUCCUAAAUAGCUCUGUACAUAGACUUUUUUUUUUUUUUUUUAAUUUGCCUUUUUCCUUUUACUUUGAAAGAGUGAGCAGCUGGCUACAUUAUAAGCCUGCGUUUUUAUUUUAUGGUCAUUGUACACAUUCUUCUCACAUCAAUAUCCAGGUCGUUAUUUUUAUCUGUACGUAAGUCA